CUCUCAAGCCUUUAUUUUCCCGCGGGUCCCCCAUGUGUUUCUGUUUUGUGCGUUUGUUCUCGCCGCAUAUUUACAUUUUUAACAAAAAGACAGACUGAGACAGAAAGGGGGCGCGCUUUUGCUAUGUAUUGAUCUUUUUAGACGUAAUCAGAUAUCUUUGCUUGCAGUUUGCUGGACAAGAAAAGGUAGUGGACACGGUGUGGUCGUUAUUAAGAGGAUCGGUUUGAUUAUUUUUGCUCAUAUAUGUUUUCUAUCAGUACAUGUUAUUUAACCGAUAGCGAAACUGACUUUAUUCUAGGAGUAAAUGAAGGCUUUACCCACGUGGUUUGAUCAGACAGACUGCAGAUUCUUUUGUUCAAAAUCGCUCAAAAUAAAGGAGGAAGACAGGCGGCUAGGACAGAGAACCAGGAAGAAGUAGCGCUCAUUUAAACCGAAUAAAACAACCGCGCUACCGAACACCAAAGUUUAUUUCUUCAACUUUUCGGAGGGAGUAAGUUUUACUUUAUUAUAUUCUUGAAACCUUAAGACACGAUGCCACGGAAGAAGGUGAGCGAGGUCUCUGGGAAUGGAGGGAUGAAGAGGAAGAGAGGGGGUGGCAGGAAGAAGGAAAAGGAGUUCAGCAGCGAGGACGAGUUUGACGAUUUCGAGCAGGAAAACGCCAAGAAACCCGGCAAACCGUCCAGCAAAUCCGGCCUCCAGCCCGUCACGGUCCCCGACGACGUCAAGGAAAAGAUCAAACUUGAACGAUCCAAAGCCAAGGGUCAGCUUCUAAUUUUUGGAGCCACCAACUGGGACCUGAUAGGCCGUAAAGAAGUGCCAAAACAGCAAGCUGCCUACCGGAACCUGGGUCAGAACCUGUGGGGCCCUCACCGCUACGGCUGCCUGAGUGAGGUGCAGGUGAGCACUGUGGUUUCUGGGCCGUGCUCCGCACACAGCCUGCUCAUCACCACAGAGGGCAAGCUCUGGAGCUGGGGCCGAAAUGAGAAGGGGCAGCUGGGCCACGGAGACACCAAGCGUGUGGAAGAGCCCAAACUGGUGGAAGCACUGGAGGACGAGGUGAUCGUGGCAGCAGCCUGCGGGCGCAAUCACACCAUGGCUCUCACAGAGGCUGGCUGCGUGUUUUCAUUUGGGGAGAAUAAACUGGGUCAGCUUGGGCACGGCAACCAGACGGACGCGGUCCCUACUCCUGCUCAGAUCCAGUACAAUGGGCAGCCCAUCGUGAAAGUGGCAUGUGGAGCAGAGUUCAGUAUGAUUGUGGAUUGCAAAGGGAACCUGUACUCCUUUGGGUGUCCUGAGUACGGACAACUAGGGCACAACUCUGACGGGAAGUUCAUCGCCCGUGCCCAGCGCAUAGAGUUUGACUGCGAGCUUAUCGCUAGGAGGGUGGCUAUCUUCGUUGAGAAGACCAAGGAUGGCCAGAUCUUGCCAGUGCCCAACGUGGUGGUGCGGGAGGUGUCCUGUGGGGCCAAUCACACGCUAAUCCUGGACUCUCAGAAGCGAGUGUUCUCCUGGGGGUUCGGAGGGUACGGGCGACUAGGGCAUGCAGAGCAGAAGGACGAGAUGGUGCCACGUCUGGUCAAGCUGUUUGACUUCCCGGGCCGAGGCGCCACGCAGGUCCACGGGGGCUACCAGUGCUCCUUUGCAGUCAGCGAGACAGGGUCUCUGUUUUUCUGGGGUGUGACGAAUACAUCCCGUGAAUCGACUAUGUACCCCAAAGUUGUGCAAGACCUGUGUGGCUGGAAAAUCCGGGGCCUGGCCUGCGGGAGGAGCAGUAUAAUCAUUGCUGCAGAUGACAGCUCAAUCAGCUGGGGACCUUCUCCCACCUUUGGAGAGUUGGGUUAUGGGGAUAACAAGCCCAAGUCGUCCACCACAGCCCAGGAGAUCAAGACACUGGAUGGGAUUUAUGCUGAGCAGGUGGCAAUGGGUUACUCGCAUUGCCUUGUGAUUGCACGCAGUGAGACAGACCAGGACAAAGAGAGGCUGAAAAAGCUACCAGAGUACAAUCCCCGCAUGCUCUGAUAGGACGCUGCGCUCCACUGCUCUGACCUUCAACCUCCGAAAGGCAGCUGAUUCCAUUCCUAGAUGCACUGGCUCCCAGCCUCUUCCGACACGCCACUGGAGGGAGUGGGGAACAAUCGGGCCUUUAGAAUAUCCCGUCCCUUUAACCCUUGUCAGGGCAAGCAGGGUCUAUUGGACCUCAGCAGCUAAAAGCAAAAGCUGUCAAAUAGAGAUGGCCUUUACAAACCAUGUUUGACCGCAGACCUUGAGGGCAUGUGUUGUACAGCUUGCCCUGAUAAGGGUUGGAAAGAAAAUACACCUGUUGACACCACUUAUAUUGUUUAUUGGGGGGGGGGGGGUAUUUUGUAUUUAAUAAAGGUGAAUCAGGUGAAUUUCCACGGCACGUUUUGUUGUAGCCCUCUUUGCCUCCUGAUCAGAAUCAGCGAUCACCUUUUGUGUCUUAAAUUUCAAUGUGUCUUCAGCUUCAGGUGAUUUUCUUUUUGUUUUUUGUUUUUUUC